AUUGUGUUCGAAGUCACUCUUAAGAGGAGAGGUUGGACUUAGAAAGAGAGAGCAAUCCUGAUUAAGCUGUUGUUAAUAGGGUUCUAACAGUUGUCAAACCACUUGCGUUACACUUGCGUUACACGUGCGUUACACUUGAACUACACUUGCUGAAUUACACUCGCUGUAAUAACAUACAGGUGAAAUCGUUGAGGUAGUCACAAGAGGUGAUCUACAAUUAAACGUUGUAAAUACAUCGCACAUUUGGAACUGUUCAGUGUGUUUUGUAACUGUUCUCGCGUUGGCGAAUGAUUAGUGCGUUUGGCACCGAACCCCUAAUGUUGAAGGAUCAACAUUAAAGUUUGACAACUUGCACCAUGGAUCAGGUAGCAGCUCUGAAGCAAUCAUGCAAUGGUUAUCUCGGCCAAUUGGGCCGAAGAUACAAGGAGUUGGAGCAACUGAUGUUGGAUCGGAUGAAUCGCGAUCAAGUCAAAACAAAGUACUGUCAGCUGAUUGACUUAUUCUCUUCCUAUGAGGGGAAGUUUGGGGAGUAUGUUUCCCUACUGAGUGGAAAGGCGGAGUCUGACGCCAACGUUGUAUUUAAUAGCCAGAAGCUGAACUUUACUGAGUUUGAAACUCGUGUUAAGGCAUGGAUGAGUGACACUGAUACCACUGCGUUCAAAUCUAUAACCAUCCCUCAAGAUGAUGAAUGCUCUGUUAAAUCGUCGAUAUGUUCUUCUACUUCAAUGAGCAGUGAAAGGCUCCGAGAAGCAAGGCUUAAGAAGAGGCUAGCUGAACAAAGAAUGGAACAGAUGAAGGAGCAACAGAGACUUGAGCGGGCUAAGCGGGAUCUGGAUGAGAGACUCGCAACAUUGCAAAUGGAGAAUGAAAUAAAGAAUGCUGAACUUGAAGUGGAGAUAUUAGAGGAGCUUGAAUGUGAUCAAGAACUUAAUGAACCAGCUCAGAACAAUGAUGAACCCUUGGGUAACGUAGAAACCAAACAUACUAUUAAUGUUGUUGAUAGUGCAUGUAAUGAUGAUGUAAUUAAUGAUGCUCCUGGUGUUGGGAUGGGAAGGGUUGGUGUGAACGCCAAUCUUAACAGUAAUACUGAGGUAGAUAAAUCUAUGCGAGGUACAGUAGAUAUGGUUAAUCCAAUGGUUGAUUUGUGUAAUAUGAUGUUAUUGUCUAUGAAUAUGCCGAAGGCAGAACUAGCUAAAUUUGACGGAGACCCAGUUAAGUACAGUGGAUUCAUUAAUAGCUUUGAUGUAAAUGUAGCAUGUAAGGUUAAGGAUGACAAGACAAAAUUGAUGUAUCUGUUGCAAUAUUGUGAGGGUAAGGCGCGGGAAUGCAUCGAGUGUUGUGACCUUAUGCCUUCAGAUGAAGGAUACAAGAAAGCUAGAAGUAUAUUAGCCAGUCAGUAUGGCCAGCCACAUGUAAUAUCACAAGCUAGGUUGGCAAAGGUGUUAAAUCGUUCCCCAAUAAAACCUAAUGAUGGUAACAGUUUGCGCGAGUUGGCAAGGGAAAUGAGUUCUUGCCGAAUAACACUUGAGCAGAUGGGUCAUACUGCAAACAUGAAUGCCACAGAUAACCUCCUUAAGAUCCAGGGUAUACUCCCUACCCAGCUACAGGCUAGAUGGGCCGAACGUGCCAAUGGUCUUUUCUUGGCCGGCAUAGAGCCGAAUUUCGCUCACCUUACUGAGUUUAUUGAAAGGCAAGCUAUGGUCGCCAAUAACUUGUUCGGAAAGAACAUAGGGCAAGGCCAUAAAGCAGCAACUGGGAAGGCACAUGACAAACAAGGGAGUGGGGGAAAGAAAUGGACCACUCUCUCAACCUUUGGUAAUGAGGAAGAAGGGAAAGUUAGCAAGAGGAAAUGUCCUUGUUGCUCGAAAAUCCAUGACCUGGAGACAUGCGAUGUCUUCAAGGGUAAAACUCAAAAGGAAAGGUUUAAGUUAGUGCGCCAGAGUCGUUUGUGCGACAAUUGUCUGAAGCCUUCGCAUGUGGCGAAGGAUUGCAGGCGCAAGCCCUUAUGUAAUCAAAGGGACUGUAGAGGUAAGCACCAUGCCCUUCUUCACUUUCCGAGGCCGGAUGCAUCGACCGGGGCCGGUGAUGACAGAAAUGAUAAGGUUGGGAUUGUUUCGAACCAACCAUCGGCUACCAGUCUGGCUGCAUCUGUAAAUAAAAAGGUAUGUCUGAGAAUUAUCCCAGUAAAGGUAAGAAACCAUGGUCGAGAAAUCGAAACUUGGGCUCUGCUUGACGGAGGAAGUGAUGUGUCACUUUGUGACAAGAGGCUCGCCCAGAAACUUGGUAUAAAGGGUGACAAAAAAAGGUUUAAUCUGUCUACCAUUAACCAGGAGAACAAGGAGAUGAGUGGUACAGAGAUCCAACUCUCAGUCUCCGGAAUUCAGGAAACUGAACACAUUGACUUAGAAGGGGUGUGGACAGUGGAGAAGUUACCGAUUUCUGCUGAUAGCAUACCUCGGCCAACUGACACUGAACGAUGGUCACAUCUCCGUGACAUCACCAUCCCUCAAAUCGAUUCCAAUGAAGUAAUGCUCCUCAUUGGAGGGGAUACUCCGGAAGCAUUUUGGGUUAAAGAAGAUAGACAAGGUAAGAAGGGAGAACCAUAUGCUAUGCGCACAGUAUUGGGAUGGACCCUACUAGGACCAACUUCCCGACAGAAUAAACAGAGGUCAGGGUUCACCUCUAACUUCACCCAUACAUGUAUGGGCGAUGAAUUGCUCCAAAGACAAGUCGAGAAGUUCUGGAAGCUUGACUUUGGAGAGCACCACCAAGAGGGUGAAAGGGGGCUGUCAGUAGAAGAUCAGCGAGCUGAGGUGAUCUUCAAGAAAACAGUCAAGAAAGUCGAUGGGCACUAUGAAAUUGGAUUGCCCUGGCGUCAUCCGGAUGUCAAUUUGCCGGACGGCAAGAAGAUGGCAGAAACACGUCUGCGAUCAUUACAGAGGCGCUUGGCUAAGGACCAAGUGAUGCAUAAGAAGUACACAGAAACUGUGGAAGGUUACAUAGAGAAAGGCUAUGCACAAGGAGUGCCUGAUGUGGAUAGUACACGUCAUUCAGGAAAGACAUGGUACUUACCUCAUCAUCCAGUUGUCCAUCCACAGAAAGGUAAAGUACGAGUAGUCUUCGAUUGUGCGGCUAGGAGCCAUGGCACAUCACUGAAUGACCAGCUGCUCCAAGGACCUGACUACAAUAAUAACUUAGUUGGUGUCUUGACAAGAUUCAGAGAAGAAAGGGUUGCCUUGAUGGCAGACAUCGAAGCGAUGUUUCACCAGGUGAAAGUAGCAUCUGUAGACAGUGAUGCCCUGCGAUUUCUCUGGUGGCCUAAUGGAGACUUGUCUAAGACACCAAGAACCUACAAGAUGUUGGUACACUUGUUUGGUGCCACUUCCUCGCCAAGUUGUGCAGCCUUUGCAUUGAGGAAGGCUGCUGAAGAAAAUGGCGGAGUGGGGCUUGAGGAAGCAACAAAGGCAGUAAAAGAUAACUUCUAUGUAGAUGACUGCCUUGUGUCUGUUGCAACCAGACAAGAUGCUAUAGACCUCUCAAAAGGUCUGCGUAAGGUGCUGUCAGCUGGAGGAUUUUGACUCACGAAGUGGGUCAGUAAUGACUAUGACGUCAUUGCCAGUAUCCCUCCAUCUGAGCGAGCAGCAUCAGUAGUCGACCUCGACUUUGAGAAUCCUCCAAUGGAGCGGACUCUUGGGGUAUCUUGGAAUGUUGAAGCUGACAUCUUCACUUUCAAGGUAAAUCCAAAGGAGAAACCUCCUACAAGAAGAGGUAUACUCUCGGUGACCAGUGCCUUAUACGAUCCUCUCGGAUUUGUAGCCCCAGUUGUGCUGGUAGCAAAGAUUCUCUUGCAGGAUAUUUGCAUAGAAGGCCUAGGAUGGGAUCAAGCUGUUGGUGAAGCUGAACAAAUUCGAUGGAAGCAAUGGCAAAAUGGACUUCCGAAACUGCAAGGACUGCAGAUUCAAAGGUGCUUGAAACUAAAGACUAGUGCAGAGACGUCAAGACAAGAUUUGCAUGUCUUCUGUGAUGCUUCCCAGAGAGGGUAUGCAGCAGUGGCCUAUCUCCGUACGGAGGGUGCGGAAGGAAAUGUUCACUGUGCCUUUGUUAUGGGGAAGACGAGGCUAGCACCAGUGAAGACGACUACAAUACCACGUCUUGAACUCUCAGCAGCUGUUCUGGCAGUCUUGCUUGGCCAGACCAUCCAGAAAGAAUUGAAAUUGCCGAUAGCCACGACCACUUACUGGACAGAUUCUACGUCAGUGUUGCAGUAUAUCCAAAAUGAGAGUAGGCGCUUUCAUACUUUCGUGGCUAAUCGCGUGUCUAAGAUCCGUGCUGCGACUGAUGUUGCACAGUGGCGAUUUGUAGACACAAAAUCAAAUCCUGCAGAUGAGGGUUCUAGAGGCUUGUCUGCAGGUGAAAUGAUUUCAGAAGCAAGAUGGCUUAACGGGCCUGACUUCCUGUGGAAGAAACAGGAUCAAUGGCCACAACCCUUGCAUCUCCUUCGAUCGAUGCAAGAACUUCAAGGAGACCCUGAAGUGAAGAAGAUGGCAAAGAGCAACUUUGUCAGUUGUGACAGGAUGAUAGAUGAUCUCCUGGAACGCUACUCAUCAUGGACGAGACUCAAGAAGGGCAUUGCCUGGAUCAGGCGAUUCUUGAGAUACCUUCGCUUGAAGAGGUUAGGAAACAAGGAGCCAUGCACUGAGAACGUGCUUUCUCCUGCAGAGCUGCAGGAGGCUGAAGUGGCUAUUGUUAAGUACGUUCAAACGAAGGAGUUCCCUCAUGAGCUGAAAGUCGUUCAUGGGAGUGCUAAGAAGACUUCCGGUCUUGGCUUAGCGAAGGUUAAUCCUAUCAUGGUAGAUGGUGUGUUGCGCGUUGGUGGAAGACUUGCCAAUGCACCAGUACCAUACGAUAGUAAACACCCAGUGAUCCUUCCAAGUGGACACCAUGUCACCAAGCUGCUCAUCAUCCAUCAUCACAUAUUGGUUGGACAUUGUGGUGCAGGUGCUACAUGGAACUCCUUAAGAGAGCGGUUCUGGAUCAUCAAUGGUGGAGCUGCAGUACGCAAAACUAUCGGAAGGUGUUUCAGAUGUAAGAAGAGGAACGCUGCCAGAGGGCAACAGUUCAUGGCAGAUUUGCCUAAAGACAGAGUCACACCUGACAAACCACCCUUUUCCAGUGUUGGCAUUGACUAUUUUGGGCCACUCUAUGUCAAGGAAGGGCGGAAAACAGUGAAGAGAUACGGAUGUAUCUUCACAUGCCUUGCAAGCAGGGCUGUACACCUUGAAGUGGCUCACACCCUCGACACUGACUCGUUUAUCAACGUGCUCAGAAGAUUCAUGAGUAGAAGAGGGAGGCCAGAGAAAAUUCGUAGUGACAACGGAAGAAACUUCAAGGGUGCCGAACGUGAACUACGUGAGAAUCUUCACAUUUUGAAUCAGAAGAAGGUAGCAGAGUUUCUGCAUCAGAGAGAUAUCGAGUGGCAGUUCAACACUCCCGCAGCAAGUCACAUGGGCGGGGUGUGGGAACGGCUUAUAAGAUCUGUGCGGAAGAUACUAAAGAGUGUUCUUGGAGAACAACUCGUGAAUGAUGAAAUCCUAGUGACAACACUAGUAGAGGUCGAAGGAAUUCCUAACUCAAGACCUUUGACUAAUAUCAGGCAAGAUCCAAAUGACUUGGAGCCGCUUACUCCGAAUCAUCUUCUGAUGAUGAAACAACCCCACUGCUUACCGCCAGGUAUCUUUACGAAAGAUGACCAAUACUGCCGUCGCAGAUGGCGACAAUGUCAAUAUCUAGCUGAGCUGUUCUGGAAACGAUGGCGUCGUGAAUAUUUGCCGAUGCUACAGAACAGACAGAAGUGGCUACAUUCAAUCAGGAACUUCAAGGUUGAUGAUCUUGUCCUGAUGGUGGAUGAGGCUAUGCCAAGAGGACAGUGGGCCAUUGGCAAAGUCUCGGAGGUAUACCCUGGAAGGGAUGGCAAGGUUCGCCAAGCAGAAGUAAAGGUUGGACCAAGGUUUUACAAGCGUCCUAUAACCAAGCUUUGCCUGCUUGAAAAUAGUGAGCAUAACGCUGCUCAAGAUGAAUGAGGUAUCGAGCUCAUCUACCCCUGAAUAUGCGCAGCCAUCUUUCAAUUAAAGUAUUUUUGUGUAAACUGCAUGCAACUUGAUGCAUUUCCAACCUUCUCGUUAUCACAUAAAAUAUAUUGCCUUGUAUGAUUUGUGUUGGUUAUAAGCAGUUAGAUUACUGUAUGUCAAUGAUUAUUGACAUGAAAUAAUGAGUAUAACUGUUUGACCGUAUAAUCGUUUCUAUAUGUUCAUGAUGUUUAUUUUAAUAUGUUCUCAUUUCCUAGUUGUUUGUUAUGUACGUUUAUUGCUUAUAUUUAAGGUUAUUACUUAGGCAUCUUUGCCGCUUAUGAUAUUUAUAGAAAUUAACAUCCUGAUGUCUGUUAAUUUGGGGCCGGUAAUGUAGCGGCAUAUUAUGCAUUAUAUAGUAUGGGAGUUAGAAUUAGGACACUAUUGUUUUAAGCACAGCAUAGAGGCACGUGUAUUAUAUGCAUACCCCAAAUUCCUGCACUCCAAUGUUUACCAGUGUCUAAUCAGGUAUAAAUAUGUUUAGGUAGUGAUAGAUCCAAUGACCAACGCAGUGACCAAGGGGGUAACUUUCUCAUAAUUCUCUUUGUGUGGAAGAAGAUGCAUUUAUAGUGGGCUCAAGCAGGAGUAUUAUUCAUUGUGUUCGAAGUCACUCUUAAGAGGAGAGGUUGGACUUAGAAAGAGAGAGCAAUCCUGAUUAAGCUGUUGUUAAUAGGGUUCUAACAGUUGGUGAGUUAUUUCAUAUUUAUCUUUAUGUAUAAGAAUUGUAACAGCACUAUAGUUUAUCAGAACUACUAUAUAGAGUAUAAUUGAAUACUUUUCUCAUUUGUUAUUGAGUUAUAUUAGGUAUAUUCAUACUGUUUAUUGAUAUUCAUACAUAAUUAUGUUUACCAAAUUUAGAUGGAGAUACAGAUAAUUCAGAUUUCAUUUAGAGAUGUUGAUAACAGUCAACUACAUUAAUUGCAUUGGUAUGAGUUGUAUAUAAAUUGUAUUUAAUUGUUUACUCUGAUAUUUACUUAGUUGUUUAUGAUUAAGUACUAGUAUCUUAUUCUUUUAUUAUAUACCAUAUAUCAUUUAUGUCAUUUUUCUCUAUUGUUUUCAGUCAAACCACUUGCGUUACACUUGCGUUACACGUGCGUUACACUUGAACUACACUUGCUGAAUUACACUCGCUGUAAUAACAUACAGGUGAAAUCGUUGAGGUAGUCACAAGAGGUGAUCUACAAUUAAACGUUGUAAAUACAUCGC